AUGAGUUCAUUUUAUAAUCAUCAACCUAGAAGAAAACACUCUUAAACAUCUUUUUAUCUAAAGACACUUCAUUGUCAAUCUUCACCAAUUAAAGAUUAUAAUAAAGAUUAUAAUAAAGAUAAUACUUAACAAGAACAUUUAUAAAAUAUGUUAAGAAUGUAAUAAAAAGAAAUCGAAAGAUUAGAACAUCAAAAUCGUAAUCUCUAAAUUCUAACAGAACAUUAAAGUAAAAUAAUUUAUUAAGAAAGAUAAAAUAGAACUCACUUUAUUCCUAAAAUUUAAGAUAAAGAUACUAUAGCCUCUUAAUAAUAAAUUAAUAAAUAAAGAGAAACUUUAUCUGAUAAACCUAUAAGACUUUAAAGAAAGAAUACUAUUAAUCGUAAAUUAACUGUUCUAUUCUAAUAAGAUGAUACAUUUAAAUUAAAUUCUUUAUUAGAUUUGAAUAUAACUGACGAUGAAUUGAUUAAUAAUUAUUAAACUGAUGGAUCUUUAUCUUUAAUAGAAGAGACUCUAAAUGAUGAAGAUUGCUUUUUAGAUGUCAUAAACAAUUAUCCUCCUUAAAAAGUAUCAAUUAUAUAUGAUAAAUUAAAAAAAUUAUAUCAUGAACAUAAUCUUAUGUUUCAUAUUAUUCUUAAACUCAAACUAUUAAUUUAAAAAGGAUUUAUGAUACAAGACAGUAAAUUACUGGAUGAAUCAUUCUAAAUUUUAAGAGAAACUAUUUUAAAUAUUAUGAAUUGUUAAGAAGUUAAAAUUUAUUUAAUUGAUGAAGAGAAAAAGGAACUCUAUUCUCGAUAAGAUAAUUAGAAAUAUUAAAUUGGAGAAGGAUUGGUUGGAUUUGUAGCUGAAACCAAAUAAAUGUUAAAUUUAAAGAAAGCUAAAUAUGAUACUAGAUUUACACCUAUUGAUUCUAAUGUCAUUUUGGCAGCUCCCAUUAUGGAUAAUUAAAAAUGUUAUGGAGUAAUUGUAUGUCAAGAAAAAAAGAAUUCUGGUAUAUAUUCUGAAGAAGAUGAAUCAUUGUUGUAAUUAUUAUCAGAAUAAGGUAAAAUGAUUUUAUGCAAUGUUAUGAACCAUAAUUAAUUAAUGAUGGCUGUAAAUAAAUUUAGAUAUGCUUUGAAAAGUAGUAUUCAAUUUAUACAAAUGAAAAGCUAAACUUAAUUGAUUCAACAUGCAUCAAAGAGAUUAAAAGAAAUGAUGAAUAGUGAAAUUGCAACUAUUAAAUUAGUAGAAAAUAUUGAAGGGUAAGGAAUCAUGGGAGAAGCCAUAUUAAAUAAAUCAAUAACAUAUCAUCAUAAUUCAUAUAACAGUUAAUCUUUCAAUCCUAAUAUUGAUAUUAAUACAUCAUUGCCAAUAUUUACACUUCCUGUUAUUUGUAAUAAAUAAGUUGUUGCUUGUGCUUAAUUCACUUAAGUUCGUGGUUUGGUCUAAUAAUCAUCACUAUCUUCAAUAGAACAGGAAGUUUUAGAAUUAUUUUUAUAAUCGUUCGGCUAUCUAAUAAGUAAAUGA